CAAUCAGGGACGAUAAGAACUUUAGUCCUUUUGAUCCCUCCCACUGUUGAAGUAGCCAGAUGUUUGCUGUGGAGCGCUCUUAAGGCGUCUUUGUGGAACCAUGGCUUCUGAAACAGCAUUGGUUUACGAUGACGAAAUGACCAACCAUAAACUACUUUGGGAGGACCCCAUCUGUGCCAUUGAAACCCCAGAGAGGCUUUCUUCCUGCUACAAGAAUCUCAGACGCUACAAUCUGGUUGAACGAUGCCUGUCUGUUCCUGUCCGAGAAGGAAUGGAGGAUGAGAUCACGUUGGUGCACAGUUUGGAUUACUUGCAGGUUGUGAAAAACUCUCAGAAAAUGAGCGAAGAAGAACUACGACGAGUCUCGGCUAAUUAUGAUGCUGUUUUCUUUCAUCCAACAACAUACCGUUGUGCCAAGCUGGCUGUGGGAGCAACACUGCAGCUGGUAGAUGCUGUGAUGUCAGGAACAACGCGUAAUGGAAUGGCUUUAGUAAGGCCCCCAGGUCACCACAGCCAGAGGAAUGCAGCCAAUGGGUUUUGUGUGUUCAACAACGUUGCCAUUGCAGCAAAAUAUGCCCAAAGGAAAUAUGGUGUCCAGAGGGUUCUCAUUGUCGACUGGGAUGUGCAUCAUGGACAAGGAAUUCAAUAUAUAUUUGAAGAAGAUCCAAGUGUUCUCUAUUUUUCUUGGCAUCGGUUUGAACAUCAGAAAUACUGGCCUUCCCUCAGGGAAUCUAAUUAUGAUGCGGUUGGUUGGGGGAAAGGAGAGGGAUUCAAUAUAAAUGUACCCUGGAAUAAGGUUGGGAUGACAAACUCUGAUUAUUUAGCUGUAUUUCUUCACGUGUUGCUCCCAGUGGCAUUUGAGUUUGAUCCAGAACUUGUUCUGGUCUCUGCUGGUUAUGAUUCUGGAAUAGGUGACCCAGAGGGUCAGAUGAGCGCUACACCAGAAUGUUAUGCCCACCUCACUCAUUUUCUGAUGCAUUUAGCAAAAGGAAAAGUGUGUGUGGUUCUUGAGGGUGGAUAUCAUUUGAGGUCACUUUCUGAAUCUGUUUGCAUGACUAUAAAAACUUUGCUUGGAGAUCCUUUGCCCUCUUUGUCUGGAGAAAUGAAACCGUGCUUAAGUGCAUUAGAGUCUAUACAUGAUGUCAGAGCUGCACAUAAGUCAUACUGGAAAUGUUUGUCUUAUGAAGACCUGACUCCCUUGAAAGAUCUCAGCACCAAACUGUGCCAGCUGGACGAAGGAGAAGUGGUUCAAACUGGCACACCGCUUGUGAAGCAGCAGGAAGCUGGAAAGACCAACAUCGAUGAAGCCACUAAAACAGAUAGGUUUUUGGAACUGCACAUGAAAGAAAUUCUGUCUCUGGAACCUGCUGUUAAAACAUUAGUUGCUGUUGCUGAAAGGAAUGCUGACAUGCUACCAUCCUCUGUUCAGAUUGAGAAGAACGGGGACUCUGAAGAGCUGAAAGCCAUUGUUCGUGGGUUUGCUGCUGAGUUGGUGAACGAAGAAAAAGUCUUAAGGGUGCUGGGGAACAUGUUGGCUGUCCUUGAAAAAAUAGUCGAAAAGAAGGUGACUAGUGGGCUCGUAGUAUCCCCAGAAGUUUCCCUUUCUUCUGUUCUUGCUCUGAAACACUGCCAGAACCUGAAGCUUCAAAAAGUCCUGUGCGUAUUUGUUGGUGACAUGGAUAUGAAAAUUGAUUUGGUCAAUGGAAAAGUCUUCUUGAUCAAUAUUUGUGGCAAGCAAUCUGAGCAAGCUAACACCAAAUACAGUAUUUCUAUAAACUGGAAAGAGGAUGCUGGAAGAAGCUCUAUCUCCUCUAUGUUGUUUGGAUUCAUCCUUCCAGUAGCGUACAGCUAUCAGCCUGAACUCGUGAUUAUAGCGGUUGGAUCAAACCAUAUUCUUGGCACAAAUGGGAUUUCCUUGCUUAUUAGCUUACUGCAAGGGUUAGCACAGUCUCGAAUUCUGGCUGUGAUCCAGGAGACAGAGGUGCUACUUUUGAAAGAUAUAGCUAAGCCUUUGACAGGCAACAAUACACCUUGCUUUGGGACCUGCACAUCAGCUUCACAAGAGAAUAUACAAACGGUGAAGGAAUUACAAGAACAAUUUCAGCAAGAAUGGAAAAUGCUUCAGUGUUCAGUAAAUGUCUCUGUGACUGAGAGAUGAAAUGACUUGUCUGCCGUUUUGGGGACUUCCUUCUACCUAGAACUAAUCAACAGCAUCACAUCGAUACUAUGCGAAUUGUUAUAUAUAAACAAAAACAACGAUUCAGAGCCAUUGGACCCCUUUGCAAUUCAACUACGAGAUCAAGAAAGACCUGAACGUCAUUUAGUAUUUUCAGUCAACCAUUAGACCAAAAAAAAAUAAAAAAUGAAGACCACGCCACAGAGAAGGAAUUAUACUGCAAGAAUCCUCAGCUAUUUUAUUUUGAGAUAUUAGCAUGCUGUUAAAUGUAUAUGUAUGUUUAAAAUUUUGUGUGUCUGAUAGAGUUGCCAGACCCCUGGUCGGGGCAGGGAUUUCCCCUGAUUUCAGGGGCUCCAAUCUGCCGUCACCCAGCUGGCUGGCAGGGGAAGCCCCCUCCCCGGACAUCCCCCUCCUCCGUGAAGUUAUCAGGACGACGAUGUUCUGUGAUGUCAAAAAGGGCCAGUUUAAAAACAACUUUCUGUAAGAAAAAUUUUGCCUCAGGCAAGGGAGGAACCAGGGCUUAUUUUGAGCAGGAAUGCAGUUUCAGCUGGCUUGAGAUCGGGGGUGUGGCCUAAUAUGCAAAUGAGUUCCUGCUGGGCUUUUUCUACAAAAAAGCCCUGGGAGGAACCGUAGCAACAAAGGCAUUGUAUUUUUCUUUUGAAGUUGUUCUCUAUUAUGAAUACCAUUGGCAUACAGGUUUGUUGAGUUAAACCUAAGGCCUGCCCUUCAGAGUGUGUUUGUCUAUUAAAAUGUGGAACA